AUGGCCAAGUCGUUUCCAUUAAUGCCAAAAUGGCUGGCGAUCCAUUGUAAAGCAAUAUAUUGUCCAUCUUUAAAAGAGAGUCGAGAACAAUCUGCCAGUCAUAAAUUGCUGUUGUGCAAAGUUCUAGCUGAUCCAGUGUGCUUGCAACAAAACUAUGACUCUAAACAUUUUCGGACCUCACCUGGUGGCUAUUUAACUGAAGAUAUAACUCAGGACUUAUGUAAGAAAUUAUGUGGAGAACAGUCUUUUCCAUAUAUUGGAUUGGUAUCUGGAUCAUACUGUUUAUGUGGAAAUGAUACAAAUGAUUUUGGGACAGUGGAUAUUGAACUGUGUGAUGCAUUUUGUUCUGGCAAUCCAGAUGAAGUUUGUGGAUCUAAUAAUACUGAUCGGAUGUAUGUCAUGGAAGCUACCUUAAUCGGGAGUGUACAUGGAAUUUCUAUCGUUAUUGAUGAUGAAGUCCACUUUACAGAUGAAAUGGUGAAAAUUUCUAUUGAAGUAAAUGCAGAUACUCAGUUUCAAGUUAACUUAAAGUUUGGAGAUGAGACAUCAUAUGCCUUCCAUGAUGAAAGCUCUUUUGUUAUUGAGAAGUAUUAUAGAGUUCCUGGAGACUAUGUAGUUUAUGCAACAGCUAUUUCCAAAGUGCAGCCAGAUGUCGUAGUUUUUGAUGAAAUUGCCAUCACCAUCGAAGAUAGGAACAUUUAUUUUGAGGUCAUAUGUCCAACAGUUGUAAAACCAGAAACCACAGCACAGAGUUCAGUGAUAUUUCAUUGGGGUACUCUUCUGUCUGUAACUUUUCAGAUGUCUCAAGAUGAAGAGGAAUCUGUUGGUUACGAGGUCAUGGAUCCUUUUUAUGUGACUUUUGGACAACCUGUUCCACCACUGUUGGAUGAAACAGAAAGUUGUGAGAUGUCUUUGGAAGAAGCUCAUUUACCGUACACUAGAGUAAAAACUAAGGCAUUACUCUUGGGUUUUGAGUAUUUUGUGAAGCAAAGUGGAAGCUUUGAAUUUUUGAUUUUGAGUCCUGUAUGUGAUUCUGAAGAAUACUGUGAUGCAACUUUAGACUGCAGAUCAUCAUGCUCUCCUUCGGAUGUAAUAGCUUGUGAAGACAACAUGUCUCUAUGUUCUUAUAUAAGUCUAUGUGUAGAUUCUGAUUCACCCCCACAAUGUGAUAUCAAAUCAAAUCCUAAUUUAAAUUAUGAUAAAAAGCAUUCGUUUUCCAUAGAAGAAGAUACUGUAGGUUAUAAAUAUUUGAAUCUUAGUUCUGAAGCUUAUGAGAUUAUGCCAGGUGAUAUAUUUGGUUUUAAGACAGAUGGAGAUGCUGCUUUGUGGUGCAGAAAUUCGACUAGUUAUGAAAUUGAUAAUAAUAUUGAAGAUUUUACAACUGAUGGAGGCCUAGGUGUCCUACAUUAUCUAAGAGCUAUUCUUGUAGAAUCAAGUAAUAUAUCUCUCAGAUAUAUGUAUAAUUUAACGGGUAAUUAUUCAGUGUCAGUGAAAGUGGAGGAUUUUUGGUCAGAAGAACCUCAAAUGAAGUUGGCAUAUCUUCCAGUUCAAAUUCCUAUUUCUGGUAUGAUACUUGUAGUAGAUCCUUUGAAUGUCAUGGUUGGAAAAGAGCACUCUGCAAAGAUUUUAAUAACAAAUGGGAGUGAUUUAUCUGUGUUGUGGAAUUAUUAUGGUGAAAGUGAAGAACAGUUCUUUGAAGGUCCUGUGUCUGCUGAUGGAAUUUUGAAAAAGAUACUAUGUAAAACAAGUGGUGAUUUUAUUUUAAAUGUAAAUGUAUCAAAUCUGUGGUCUUCAGAUAGUAAAUCUGCUGAAUUUCAUUGCUUUUAUGCCAUUGGGAGAAACUGGUCCCUUACAUCAAAUUCACCUAAAUCAACACCUCCAGGUAAAAUAAUUUUUGAUUUGGAAUUCUUGGGAUCUAAUCUGCCUGACUCAGCUGAAUACUUUAUAGACUUUGGUGAUGAUUCUACUCAAGAUUUUUCUGAAAUCUCUUCAGAAUCUGAGGACUGGAAAACUUCCAUUUCUCAUAAUUAUGAUAAUGGAGGAAAUUUUACAGUUGUUGUAAAUAUCUCUAAUCCACUCGGAUCUGAAAUUUUUCAAAUUAUGGUCCAGAUAUUUGAAAAAAUUGGAAAAUUAUCUGUUAUUCCUUAUUUUGUAAAAGAUGGCUCUUAUCCAGAGGAUAAAACAGACUUGAAAGGAAAAGAAGAAACUGAUGCUCCUCUUGAUUCAACUAUAUACUUUGAAAAUUCAGUUAAAGGAUCUGUGACUCAUUAUUUGAUGAAGUUUGAAGAUGGAAGCAUUAGUAAAAAUGAUACUGAUGAUGUCUUUUCUCAUACCUUCUCUGAGGUAUA